GACCGUCUGUCAAGUUAACAUAACCCAAUUGAUUUGCUUUUCGUCCAAGCUUAAAAAGCUUGGCCAAUAUCAUCUCAUCUUCCUCCGUGAUUUCUGGUUUAGCUUUUUGCAGAGAAAACCCUUGCCUCUCAGCGAUCGAUCUGAAGAAUUUCAUCAGAAACUUUCUUGCCAGCGGCUGUAGCAAACAUACAAAGACGGUGUCAUUUCUUGUGUAUUUCUAUUGCAAAGAAGAUGAACACACUUAUAUCUAUCUGUCAGGCGUUAACUGUUACAGUUGGUGUUUAUUAAUGCUGUCGGCAAGUCCACUAUCUUUAGGACUAACAAGGCGUUAGAGUUGCAGUUGACUUUUUCUUUCAAGGUUAUAGGUUUAGCGUUGUUAAUAUCUAGAAAUGGAACCCAGGAUCCCCAAGGUGUUGGAUAGUAGGUGUGAAGAUAGUUUCAGUAACAAGAGGAAGCGCUAUGCUGCAUAUGUUACCGGAAAGUUGCAAGAUGAGCCGCAGAGCCAAGUCCCUGACAAAAGAAGGAAGUUGGAAGGCGUUUACGAGACUCGCUCUGGGAAGUCUCUGGUCAGAUACUACUCUUAUUUUAAGAAGACGGGGAUUGCGAAGCGUGUUAUGAUCUACGAGGAGGGUGGUUGGAAUGAUUUGCCUCAUCAGAUUAUCUCUGCCAUUCAGAAUGAGUUGGAUGAGAAGAGGGCAGCGAUUGAGUUUGAGUGGUGUGGUCAUCAUUUUCUUUUGGAUUUCUUGCAUAUGCAUAGGCUAGAUUUGGAAACGGGAGCAAAGACUCCACUUGCAUGGAUUGACAUUGGAGGCAAAUGUUUUUUCCCUGAAAUUUACGAUUGCUGCAAUCAGAACUGCUUUGAGAAUUCGAAACAGUAUGCUCCGCGUGAGAUCAAGCUGCACCUUGAGAUUGAUGUUAAUGGUGGGGGGUCACCGAGGUUAAAUCUGGAGGAGUCUGGUGACAGUAUGGGUUAUGUUCCAGCAGAGGAUAGCUGCAGCCGCAAGAUUGAAGCUGCUGUUUCUAACUGGAAUGAGACGGACGCUACUAUAGCAGUCUCGCCUGCCGGAGCCGAAGGACUUGAUAAAGAUGCCGUAAAGAAAAUGUUUGCUAUAGGUACAGCAUCUCUAGGGCAUGUAGCAGUGCUGGAUGUGGGGCGUUUUUCCAGUGAGAUUGCUGAAGCUCGUUUAGGGCUUUUCCAAAAGCAGGUUGAGAUCACUAAGAAACAUCGAGGGGAUGCAAACGUUAGAUACGCAUGGCUUCCUGCAAAAAGGGAAGUUCUUUCUUCGGUUAUGAUGAAGGGACUUGGCGGAGCAUUUGUUAGAAAGUCCAUCUACGGUGUUGGAAUACAUCUAACUGCUGCAGACUGCCCUUACUUCAGUGCUAGGUACUGUGAUAUUGACGAAAAUGGAGUACGGUACAUGGUUUUAUGCCGUGUAAUAAUGGGGAAAAUGGAGCUUCUUCGUGGUGAUAAAGCACAGUUUUUCUCUGGUGGGGAAGAAUAUGACAAUGGAGUUGAUGAUGUCGAGAAUCCGAAGAAUUACAUUGUCUGGAACAUGAAUAUGAACACUCAUAUUUUCCCGGAAUAUGUUGUUAGGUUCAAGCUGUCUGAUCCAACGAAUGCUGAAGGUAAUUUGGUUGCUAAGCAUGAUAACUCAGGCGUCACUUUGGAAGGACCCAAGGAUCUUCUUCCUCAGUUAGACUCAAACGGACCUGAAGGGUGUUCAGGGAGUGCAAGCAGUGUCUGUUUAAGCACGACAAAACCCAAAUCUCCAUGGAUGCCUUUUCCUACUCUGUUUGCAUUAAUCUCACAUAAGGUUCCAGAGAAAGACAAGCCUUUCAUCAUCGCUGAUUACCAACAACUGAGGGAAAAAAAGAUGACGCGAGCAGAGUUUAUAAGGAAACUGCGGGGGGUUGUAGGAGAUGAUCUGCUUAGAUCAACCUUAACAGCUCUUGAAAACCAGCACAAGUUAAAGGAGAUUCCUGGAAGCAUGAGAGACCAUGCAGGUGGAGGUGCUUUGUAAAGUAAAUUGGGAUGGGUGAUACGAUGAUGGCGAAUAUCAAAAGGAAGCUGCUCUACCUACCUUUGUGGUUCUCCUUUUGUUGACACAAUGAAUCUUUUUUAUACUUUUAGUAACCUUUGGUUUCUGGGUCUGUCUUGGUUGGGGGUUGGACUUGAAUGUGCCGACUAUUCUGUCGUGAAAGAUCCUACUUAUUUACUAUUAUUAGCUGCAAAACAUUGUUGCGGAAGUCGUUUUAGUCUUUACAAAUAUUUAUUUGGUCG